CGACGACGACGACAAUCGAUCGACGCAUGCAUACUUACACCGAUACACGCAUCCUCUCAAACUCAAGUGGCCGUAACGACAGUGUGUGCACAGUACUUAUAUACAUUCAUUCAUAUACAUACACUCUCUCUUCUUCUCUGCGUGUCCGUCAUUUUCCUUUUGAUCGCGCUCAACCAAUGCAACGAGCUAAAAUCACUCCGACGACGCUGCGGCGAUUGCAUCCCAGCGCCUGACUUGCAUACGCUGCGCACGGAGAGAGCGUAAAAUAAGGCCUCAGGAGCUCGCCUCGAGAAAACAAUGAAAGCACUGUUUGUAAACGGCGAGCGAGAGACACUAUGAACAUCGCCCUGCUGUCGAGGCGACUCGCUCACAAAGGAUGGGUGUGAUGUGACACUUCCAGAGGACGUAACAGAGCUUCCUCGAAGGUAUUCCACUGCGUGCUUUUUGGGAACGCCUUUCCUCGGUCUGUAUAUACAUAGAUAUAUAGCGUGUGUCGCUCAGCCACGAGUGUAUGUAUCUCCCCGACCUUCCAUUGUGAAGGAGUUCUUUGAUUGAGUGAGACAGAGAAAGAGACAACAUGAGUCUGAAUCUAGUUAAGUUUUUCUCCAAGAAGAAGCAUCACAAUCCCCAGCCCACCGAUACCGUGGGGGAGAUUGGACUGCCCACCAACGUUUCGCAUCAGUUUCAUGUUAUCAAGAAUGCCAAGACAGGUCAGUUGGAGGGCCUGCCGGACUCCUGGAUUCGUCUGCUGAAUACUCAGAUCACAAAGUCUGAGCAGGAUGAGCAUCCUGCCGCAGCUCUGCAGGCCAUCAAGUUUUAUAAUUAUUCCAUAAAGAAGAAGCCAACGCCCCAGGAGGAGGUAUUCAAACCGUUUGUAACGGAAGAUGUGAUAGAAGAGGAGUCCAUAGAGAUAGACAAGAUUCUGGCAAAGAAGUGCAAUGCGAAUCAUCGGGACUCGGAUGGUUCCACGUCUGCCAGUUCUACAGACAGUCAAGUUCAGAGGUUACCACCAGAUCUCCCACCAAAAAUCAAGAAACCACCAAAACCAGCACCUAGGAAGUUUGUAGAGCGCAAGGAGAAAACAUUUACAGAAGUUCUUGAAGAUCUCAGUAAUUGUCAACUCGAUGACUAUGACCUGUUGCCAGAAGACAAUAAUGGCAAUAAACAAGCUGUAGAGAGCACUGUUUUUAAGCAAGAGGAGAGUCCUGUUUUACGAAGAAAAACUAACAGCUCUAUUCCAACGCUCAGUGACGAAGAGGUUUAUAAAGAACUGAGAAUCAUUUGUCAAAGCGAUGAUCCACAAUUGAGAUUUGAGAGAAGUAAAGAAGUUGGGUCUGGCUCUUCUGGUAGAGUAUUCAUAGCUACCGAUCUAUCAAACAACCAGCGAGUAGCCAUUAAAGACAUUGAUCUAGAAAAGCAAAUUAAGAAAGAGCUUAUGUUGACAGAGAUCAAAGUCUUGAAAGAAUUCAGACACCCAAACUUAGUGAAUUUCUUAAACUCUUAUCUAGUCGAUGAUCAUCUCUGGGUGGUAAUGGAAUUAUUGGAAGGUGGACCGUUAACCGAUGUUGUAACUGAAACUGUGAUGAAGGAAGCUCAAAUAGCUGCUGUAUGUCGUGAAGUGCUUAAAGCAGUGAGUUUCUUGCAUUCUAAAGGCAUCAUCCACAGAGACAUAAAAUCGGACAAUGUUCUUCUUGGGAUGGACGGCACAGUUAAAGUUACAGACUUUGGUUUUUGUGCAAACAUUGUUGGUGAUGAGAAACGACAAACGGUUGUAGGAACUCCAUACUGGAUGGCACCAGAGGUUGUAACAAGAAAACAGUAUGGAAAGAAAGUUGAUAUUUGGUCUCUAGGCAUUAUGGCCAUUGAAAUGAUUGAGGGUGAGCCUCCAUACAUGAAAGAAACGCCAUUAAGAGCCCUGUAUCUAAUAGCAGCUAUUGGUAAACCUCAGAUACCAAGUUGGGAAACUCUCAGUCCUAAGUUCCAGAAAUUCUUGGAAGACUGUCUAGCUGUGGAGGUGGAUGAAAGAGCAUCAGCUGAUGAAUUGUUGGCUCAUGCCUUUCUUGACAACUGCGCAGAGCUCACUACUCUCAGUCCAUUGAUACGUGCUGCACAAAAAAUUCUGCACAAAGUUUAUUGAAACUGUUUUUGAUUAAAUUAUAUUUUCUCCAGUGUUAGAUAUAGCUCUACAAAGUUUUUAAUGAUCUUAAAUAUUGUAUGUACUUCAAUCUAUUUUUUCCUUUCUGAAAUAUCGCAUUUCUCUACAGAAAGUAUAUUUUCUACUUUUAAUUGGAUCAAGCAAUUUAUACAAUUUUUAUACAGAAAAUGAUAUUUUCAUACAUAGCUUUUAAAGUUGAAAACAAAUAUGUCACUGUGAUUAAUUAAACAAAGCGAUCAAAUGUAAAUCACCUUGGUCAUGAUAAAUUCCAGACAAUAUUCUUAAAGCAAUUUUUAGAGAAUGUUUACCAUUCCUAAAUAAAAGUCUGAAAAGUGUGCAAUUUUUAUAAGAUUCAUAAAUAACAGAAGUACUUUUUAAGUCGAUGCAUUUCAAAAGAAUGAAGCUUAUGUAGUUUUAUCAUUGAAAUUAAAGUGCCGUACUUAUGUGAAAAUGUCUACCAACAAAAUGUGUCAAAUUGUGAAGAAUGCACAAUUUGUCAAUAAGUGCGCUUUACAAAAGUAAAUUAGGCAUAAAAAUAAAAAAAUGCGAUGUAUUUCCACGUAUGAGAUUCAAAAAGUUUUAGCAGUAAAGCAGAUGUAUUAAUUGAAGUAUUAUAUACGGUACAGAGGACUAAGUGCAGGACGCGCUAAUUUUUAUACACUUUUUUGAAAGAAGACCUUUCAUAUCAAUUUACCAAAUUUUAUAUAAAUUUAUAAUGUGUGUACUUGUCAUUCGCGUGAAUUAUACGUUGUAAUGUGCCUAAAGAGCAUGUAAUUGUUCGAUGAUAUUUGAACCAUAAUACUACUAUGAAAUAAAUAGUAUAAUGUAUAUAAAAUGUAUAUUUAAGAUACUUCAUAAAUAAUAAUCAAUUUUAACAAAUAAUAAAAGUGUAUUUUUAAUUCUCUAGCAAAAAAGAAAGCUGUUUUUAACUCCACGAUUGUGAACAAUAAAUACUUUAUUUACAA